AUGAAUACGCUUGACCCUUCGACUCUAUCGGAUGUCACUUCUACUGUCACCUACGACCCUAAAUCUGAGACAGUGACCUUACCGGGAGGGGUCGUCUCGGUGGCGGGCAUCACCGUGGUGACCGGGGGUGUUGAGCUGUCUUGUGGAUCCUGUAUGCUGGCCUUUGGUUUCUGGGGAACUCUCAUCGGCUUCAGUUGUGUCGCUGUGGGUCUGUGGGACCAACUGAACCAGUCUCAAGGAAGAAUCUCUCACUUACUGGGACUGGGAUUCGUGAUUCUGACCAUCAGUUUUGUGGUGGUGGGAAGUGUGGUGGCAUUUCACCUCCUGACGAAGAAGAAGAGAGCGACGUCCAGAGAGCAGCGAGAGGACGGAAAAGAAGUUCUUGUAGAGAGUGGUCUGUAUUCUUCUUAG